GGGGUGGACCACAAACGUGUUGUCACUGGGUAAUUGUAUAAGUAAUCCAUUACCAAACCCUCAAGUAAGUCGUGAUGAACUUACUUACAAAACUCAGUUUUUACUUUAUGACAAAAAUGAUCCUAUUUGCACUUUGUAGUCUAUUUUGACACUAGAAUAAAUGUUUCUGACUCCUAUCGAUGCCACAGGCCGUUUUCAAAAGGAGAAGUUGGUUUUUAGGGGCAGUUGCUCUUUAAAGAUGGAAUCCGCAGUAGGGAGAAACGGUGGCACUGUCCGCCCCACCGCCAUUGUUAUCGUUUUGGUUUUUUGUUGACGAAAAAGAGCUGGGGAGCGUCACGCCUCAAGGUAAUAACAAUUGCAAUAGGUCCUACAUGCUGCUGUUCUAUCGUGUGUGCAAUAAUGUCCGAGGGACUUUUUUGUUGUUGUAAUAAUAUCACUAACGGAAGUGGCAGUUACACCAUUUAAGGGUUCUAGCUUUAACUUCUGACCUUCACCUCUCACUUUGUGUGUGUGUGUGUGUGUGUGUAGGGUAAAGCAGAGAACACCCCCCACUAUAAGGUGUUAUUCAGCGGUCCUGGCCCCUCCUCUCUCUUAGUGGGAUACCUGCCUCAGACCAGGCUGAAACGGGUCACUGGAACCAGGGUAGGUACACACACACAAAGUGGAAUUAAAAUUGAUAUAAUUGUCAUUUGUUUGUCAACGAUCUACACAAAAUACUCUAUUGUCAAAGUGGUAGAAAAAUUCUAAAAUAAUUCUAAAAAUAAAACACUCAUAAAUCUUGAUCAGGUAAGUAUUCAACCCCGAGUCAAUACAUGUUAAACACCUUUGGCAGCAAUUACAGCUGUGAGUCUUUUUGGGUAAAAUUCUUCAAUCUCUGUCAAGUUGGUCUUGCCAUAGAUUUUCAAGCCAAUUUAAGUCAAAACUGUAACUAGGCCACUCAGGAACAUUCAAUGUCGUCUUGGUAAGCAACUCCAGUGUUUGGCCUAGGUUAUUGUCCUGCUGAAAGGUGAAUUCGUCUUCCAGUGUCUGUUGGAAAGCAGACUGAACCAGGUUUCCCUCUAGGAUUUUGCCUUUGCUUAGCUCUAUUCUGUUCAUUUUUAUCCUAAAAUUAACUCCCCAGUCCUUGCCAAUGACAAGUUUACCCAUAACAUGAUGCAGCCUCCAGCAUGCUUGAAAAUAUGAAGAGUGAAAUUCACUGCUCAACUGAGGGACCUUACAGGUAAUUGUAUGUGUGGGGUAGAGAUGGGGUAGUCAUUCAAAAAUUAUGUUAACCACUAUUAUUGCACACAAAGUGAGUCCAUAAUAAAUAAAUAAAUAAUAAAUAAAAUACAACUUAUGUGAUUUGUUAAGCACGUUUUUACUCCUGAACUUAUUUAGGCUUGCUCUAACAAAUGGGUUGAAUACUUAUUAACUCAAGACAUUUCAGCUUUUCAUUUUUAAAAAAGUUUUUUUUUUUUUUCCAAUCUAAAUACAAAAAUUUCACUUUUGACUUUAUGGGAUAUUGUGUAGAUUAGUGAGACUCUCAAUUUAAUCAAUUUUCAAUUCAGUCUGUAACACAACAAAAUGUGAAAAAGGUAAAGGGGGUUAAAUACUUUCUGAAGGCAAACUGACACUCAAACAUACACACCUAACCGAACCUCUGUGUGUGUGUUCCAGCCGGAGAUCCCCACCCUAGAACUGUACUUCACACACUUUGACGGAGAGCGGUUCAUCAUGCAGCCCUGGCUCCAAGAGAUCUUCCCUGAAGACUGA